AUGAGGGAGAGGAGCGGCGGUCGGUCACGGGGGUGAGCUCUCUUUCGUAAUGCAGUACCCACCUCGGGGAUUUCUGUACGGAAGAAGCACCCCUCUUCCGUGACUCCUCUUCCGCGUGUGUGAGCAUCACUUCCGCAAAGAGGGCACUUCACCAAUCAGAAUUGAGGAGGGUGUAGCUUGUGCUAAAGUUCGACUGUGACUGACUUUGGAUUUUCUGGAACUGCGUUUUCGCGGAAGACCCCCUACGGCUUAUUGUGGGCAGGUGGACUGUGUCAGGCAAGCUCCGGUUGUCGCUCUUCUACAAGCCAUUCCGUCUGAAGGGAAAAUUUAGCUAAGUCCUCAUAGUUGACUCAGCUGUUAACAGAAAUCUUUAAGGGAAAGUGAUCAAGUAUUACAUGCUUGUUGUAAAACCUUCAGAUUGCAGAAAACUAUGUAAGGGGAAGCUGAGCCCAGAGCUACAUAUACAGGUUAUCUUAUCAAAAUGUAUGGACAUAAAGCAAUCUGAAGGAAAUUCAAGACCACAGAAUUUACUGACUGAAGCACAUUGUACUGUUCAUAACAAGAAUAAGAGUAUUUGGAGAAAGACCUUUUUAUUCUGCGAAAUCAUGAUGGAAGCAGAAGAACACCAGCAGCCACGGAAGGCAGCCUUUUACUCAGAAUUACCUAAAGUGGAACUUCAUGCCCACCUGAAUGGAUCCAUUAGUUCUAAUACCAUGAAGAAAUUGAUAGCCAAGAAACCAGGUCUUAAAAUCCACGAUCAGAUGACUAUGAUUAACAAGGGAAAGAAAACUUUAGAAGAAUGUUUCCAGAUGUUUCAAAUUAUUCAUCAACUUACUACUAGCCCUGAAGAUAUUCUAAUGGUCACAAAAGAUGUCAUUAAAGAAUUUGCAGAUGAUGGUGUCAAGUACCUGGAACUAAGGAGCACACCUAGAAGAGAAAAUGCUACAGGAAUGACUAAAAAGGCUUAUGUGGAAUCUGUACUUGAGGGUAUAAAACAGUCCAAACAAGAAAACAUAGACAUUGAUGUUAGGUAUUUGAUAGCAAUCGACAGAAGAGGUGGCCCUUCAGUAGCCAAGGAGACCGUUAAACUAGCUGAAGAGUUCUUCCUCUCUACUGACGAUACAGUUCUUGGCCUUGACCUCAGUGGAGACCCUACUGUAGGACAGGCAAAAGACUUCCUGGAACCUCUUUUAGAAGCUAAAAAAGCAGGCCUGAAGUUGGCAUUGCAUCUUUCAGAGAUUCCAAACCAAAAAAAAGAAACACAAGUACUUCUGGAUCUGCUUCCUGACAGAAUUGGGCAUGGGACAUUUCUCAACUCUUCUGAGGGAGGAUCCCUGGAUCUGGUAGACUUUGUGAGGCAACACCAGAUACCACUGGUCGCUGUUCAAAUCGCUGGGAAGAGAGCAGUAAACAAAACAGAACUCUGUUUGACCUCAAACAUCAAAAGUCAGACAGUUCCAUCUUAUGACCAGCAUCAUUUCGGAUUCUGGUACAGCAUCGCCCAUCCAUCUGUGAUCUGUACUGAUGAUAAGGGUGUUUUUGCAACACACCUUUCUGAAGAGUACCAACUGGCAGCUGAAACAUUUAAUUUGACCCAGUCUCAGGUGUGGGAUCUGUCUUAUGAAUCCAUCGACUACAUCUUUGCUUCUGACAGAACCAGGUCUGAACUGAGGAGGAAGUGGAAUCAUCUGAAACCCAAAGUGUUACAUUUUUAAGCUGCAAUGAGGUGAACUACUUUUGAGUAUGUGUUGCAACCAAGAUCUUCCUGCCAUAUCACACUUAGUAAACUGUCCACCCCUCCCUCUGAAGCACAGCAGCCAGGUACCAGGGGCUCCAUCACCAGCACCUUAUUCAGGGCCAGUGCCCAGUAAAUGUUUUAAACUGACUGGCAGGCUCUGAAGUCUUACAGAGCUUACCUCCAUGCUGCUUACUGGAAGGGACUUGAAAGUGGCUGCUAACUAAACUCCCCAUUCCACCAGAGAUUUGACUUAACAGUCCCUCUCCAUUAGUGAUCAUAAAACUUCAGGAAAAUCAAAGAAGCUUCUAAUUGGGAAAAGUUUUGGAAUAACUAGUCUAAAGAUGAAAAGAGGGAAAACAAAUUGCCACCAAACCUUUAAGCCUUGUAACUUGUGACAGCAGCGCUCUGUAUUUUGUUUUGCUUGUUUUACUCAAACUCCCUUAAGUAUUCCCCAAAACUUGACUCAAAACAUACCAUGGAUUUUUGUGAAUACCCAGUAGUCAGGGUUAAUCUACUUUGGAAGACCCUAGUGACAGACAAAACUAGCUUCUGAGAUCUGGCUUUGCCCCUCUCAUGAUUAAUCCCCCUGGAAUCAAGGUAGUGGGUUUUUUUUUAAAUGUUCCUACCUUACCCUUCUGUUAUUUUGACCAUAAUGGACCUAUACCAACCAGACACUUCUUGAGGUCUAAGGUACUUUAGGCUUCUAUUUCCUGCCUUUAAUCUGACCUCCAGUUGUUCCAAAGUUUUGUUUCUGAAAGAGCACCAUGGUGGUUGUAGGAGUAAUUUAAGCUCCUAACUAAAAUAUAUCCAUAUUACAUGUUACUUUAAGCACCAUGAUAUCAGAGAAUAUAUACCUUUUUAUAUGUCUAAACUUUGAUAUGCAUCUCACUGGAUAGUUGAGUGUAUAGGAGUAAAGUUUUCAUUUUAGAUUUUGAAUUGAAUGAUGGAAGUAUUGAUUGCUCCUAUCUCAGCUUCCCUUUCCUACCUGGUCACCGUAAAAAUAGUUCUCUACAGAGUUGAUAAGACUCAGCCUCCAUAUUCUGAUUAUAGUAAAAGAGAAAUGGCAGCAACACAGAGAAAACAUAUAAAUGUUAUUAAGUUCUGUAGCACUGGCCAUAGCCAAGCAAUAAAAGGAAGAAUGUGGGGCA